ACUCAGCACCUCCCUGCCUACUCUCCUACGUGUGCCGCGCAGCCAAUCCUCCCCGUCCUUUGCCUGCCAAGAUGGCAGAGAUGCAGGAGCAGCACUGCGAACCAAGAUGCGUCGUCAUCAACAUUAUUACUGGAGCCUUCCUUUUCUGUUUAUCCUCCUUCGCGCUCUUUCGCGAGGCAGCCCAGCCCAUCCCUCCGUCAUGCUCCAGCGUUCCCCUUCCCAGCUCAAAUCGUAGGAGGACUGUGGCACGCAGACCAAAAUAAGGCAGGCUACAGUACCGUGAGAUAGUAGUUAUUGCGACUACUACCAGCAGUAGCACUAUGGACGGCCACCAGUGCGGAAACAUCUUACCACUCCUUACUUCCCGCGCGAUUAACUCCCUCUGGCAUGACGUGCUUCUCUUUCCGGGAAUCGCGGACAACCAAGGCGACGGUGGCGGCGGCGGCGGCGGCGGUGGCACGUGCACGUUCAUCUGCACGGCCGGCAGCGACGCCGACCGCGACGCGAACGGCAACGGCCGGCAGUCGCUCUUCUCCCUCGUCACUCGCCGCCGGAAGCUGCUUCUCGACGGCCGAGUCGUGCCGCUCGAAGUCCCUCCACCAAACGCGGCGGCGGCGGCGUCGGCCGGGACCGCUUUUGGAGCUUUGGCUCCUCCCCUUACCUCUCCGCGAACCCCGCACACCCCGACGACACCGUCGACUCCUAAGACCCCGACGACUCCGUUGACUCCCAGAACUCCGAGAGUUUUUUGCAAGUCAAACAGCAUCGCUGGCGGCUCAUCAUGCGACCGGGGGCCGUGCCCCGCGUCGGCACCGCCGCAUUAUGCGCCACUGCUCUCCUGGAACUCGGGGAUUCUGCCGCAGACGUGUCUCCUCGCUCCGUGCAGUAUCGCCAACAGCCGCGUUGUUAAUGCUGAUGGCAAGAACCGAUUAGUCGGGACAUGUGAUGAUGAUACUUCGUCUAUGGCGGCGCCGCUUGGCGCGACGGCCGCGCUUCCCAGCGAUACUUCCGGCGGCGGCGGUGGCGAGAGCACGUCGUUUUUCGACUAUGCGCCGGUGGAGGCGAUCGAGAUCGGGUCGCAGGUCCGAGAGCCCGGUGACGCGUUCGCAGUCUUGCCGCUUUUCGCCUUCCCCGUGCGACCCCACCGGACGACGGCGACGGCGAUGGCGACGGGCGACGGCCGCCGCGGCGUCGCACCCUAUUAUGAGGUUCCCUCACUCGGCGACGCCGACGUGUCGCACAAGCUCCUCGUCAUUGCCGCAGACGACCCCCUGAUCGUCAGCGAAAUCGCUAAAGGCGGCGCCGGCAGCAAGGGAAGCGCUUCGGCUAGAGGCAACAUUUUCCGCAACGGCGGCGUCCCCGGGUCCGCCGCCCCCGCUGGCGGCGGCGGCGGUCGCUACGCCGGCGUCUCAAACCUGCGCCCGGGCACGCCGGCAGACGGCGCGACGGGCGACGGGUUGGCGAGGCGCAUUGCGGAGGUGAUUCAGUGGGUGCACGAGUCGGGAUUCACGGCCGUUCCCGGGCGAUACAAGAACGGCCUGUUCCACAGCGAGUCGCAGGCAUGCUCGUCCGUGCGAUUCUCGCCCUCGUCCCCGCGGGAAGCGCAGGCCGUUAUCCUGCACGCGCAUGUAGCGUGGAAGCUCCUCUACUCCACGCUGCGCCGCCCAGUCAAGCUCGACCACUCCCGCACCAUGGUGCGCCGCAUGGCCCCGCCGCCACUGCUGCCCGGGGACGUGGAGAUCUCCGCCGAGCGUCACGGCGACUCGGAAGACGACGUCAGCACACCGACACCUUGUGCUAGUACCGCUCGGAAUGAUACUAUCUGCAGUACGCGCAGUUUACCCUGCAGCGGCCGGAAGGUCGAGGUCGCACCGGUGGGCCAGGACAAGCAGCAGCGGCGCUUGGGCCUAUCAUCAAGCACGCGCAUGUACCGCCCAAGCUUCCUCGACCCGACAGCGCCAGGCCGCGCCGGCAAGGGGUCGCUCGCCGAGCGCCAGUGGUACCGCACUGCAGGCAAUGGCUCCCAGCGCUCCGAGCGCUCUAAGCCCUCUCAGCCGUCUCAGUGCCUUGCGACUCCCCGUGGCGCAGCGGCUUUCGGUGCAGUCGACUCUGGUGGCGGCGGCAGCGGCUGGCGCCCCCGAUCGGCUGGGGCUGUCAGCAGAGCGAUGCACCUCCUGGCGCAGCCUGCGGUGUCUCCCGCCUCCAUCAUCUUCACACCUGCAUUCAAGCCGCCGCCGCUGGGGUUGGAGGGGCUGUGUGAGGCGGUGCAGGAGGAGCAGCAGCAUCUGACGCUGGCGGCGCUGCAGCAGCAGAAACUCCUGCAGCGGCAGCGGCAGCGACAGGCAGAGCGGCAGCAGCGGGCGGGGGGAAGAGGGGUAGGAGAUGCGAAACGAGGUGGAGUGCAGCGUCUAAUAUUGGAGAUGGACGAUGAGUCGGACGAAGAGGAUGGGUUCAGCUUUGGCGUGAAGACUCCGACUCUGGUGAGAGGAGGGAGGGUGGGAGGAGGAGGGGGAGGAGGAGGGGGAGGAGGAGGGGGAGGAGGAGGAGGAGGAGGAGGUGACGGUGGUGCGGCUCCAGCAGCCACGAGGGGGUUGGAGAAGGGGAGAUCUGGAUCUGGGAAGUCUUCAGCCAGCGAGCCAUCUCCCCGGUCCACUAUUGCGCCGUAUUUCGCGUCCAUAUCCAUUCAGUCUGUAGGCAGUCCUGAGUCGAGCGAUAUCGAGUACGGCGAGGGAGGCAGGCAGGCUCAAGGGACCGAUUUUGGCGACGGUGGCUCGGACCAGGGGAGCGUGUACAGUACCAGCAACAGUGGCUCAAGCGGCGAUAACGACGGGGAUGAUAAUAUCGAGGAUGAUGAUGAGAAUGGCGAUGGUGUGCGUGCGACACUCGCCUUCUCGUCUGGUCGCACAGCGACGACGAGGACGCGUUUGGCACGGUCGGCCUCAGUGAAGAGCUGCCCUGGCGAUGCAGUGACCAGGAGAGGCACUAGCAGCAGUAUCAAACGGAAGCUUGGGCUCAGUAAAAGGGUAGACAGUAGCGACGACCUGAAAGCAGCAGGAGCAGCACCAGCAGCAGCAGCUACCGGCUCUAAGUCCACCAUGUUGAAGUGGUUACGUGCGCCUCCCAAGUUGGACACAGCAGCGUCGGAGCAGCAGGAGGGAGGGAGGCUAGGGCUACUCAAAGGAAGAGCCCACACAACGGGUAGAGAGGCAGCAACGGAGCUCGUUGCUUCUGCUGUUCGUGAGCUGCGCAAGGCAGGGAGUGAGGGGACCAGGGGAGGAGGAGGAGGAGGAGGAGGAGGAGGAGGAGGAGGAGGAGGAGGAGGAGGAGGAGGAGGGAGGAGGAGGAGGAGGAGGAGGAGGAGGAGGAGGAGGAGGAGGAGGAGGAGGGAGGAGGAGGAGGAGGAGGAGGAGGGAGGAGGAGGAGGAGGAGGAGGAGGAGGAGGAGGAGGAGGAGGAGGAGGAGGAGGAGGAGGAGGAGGAGGAGGAGGGAGGAGGAGGAGGAGGAGGAGGAGGAGGAGGAGGAGGAGGAGGAGGAGGAGGAGGAGGAGGAGGAGGAGGAGGAGGAGGAGGAGGAGGAGGAGGAGGAGGAGGAGGGAGGAGGAGGAGGGAGGAGGAGGAGGAGGAGGAGGAGGAGGAGGAGGAGGAGGAGGAGGAGGAGGAGGAGGAGGAGGAGGAGGAGGAGGAGGAGGAGGAGGAGGAGGAGGGAAGGCGGGUCGGCCUCCUCCCAGUCCUAAGAUGCCAUCUGGCAACAAAGCUAUGUGGGAUGCUGGUUCCAGUGCUGGUCCCAGUGCUGGUUCUGCCAGUGCUUCGCCUGCUUCUGCUGCUGGUGAUGGGUCCAGUUGUAAGAAACUGGGGAAAGGCAGUGAUGAAGGGACGCGCUCAUUCUCUGGGCCCUUGUUUAGCCUUGGGGCAGGGAGAUCAAAGGGUAGCCUCUUGAAGAGCUCGAAGAAGGACAGGGGUAGUGCGGACACACGGAAGAGCAAGAAAGGGGAACGGGAGCAGAAUGCCCAAGAGCAGGAGUCAGACGCGCUCGGCUCCAUGGAUUCGGUCUCCAGUCGCCGUUUGAGGUCUCCUGAAGGAUGUGGCCCGGAUUCAGAAACCAGGGGAGCAAGGGAAGGAGGAGGGUUAGGAGGGUCUGGAGGAGGGUUAGGAGGAGAGAACCGGUUGAGGCGCAUGGCUGCUCUGCCUGUGCUACCUGAUGGUAGGCCUCGAGCCGACGACGAGGAGACUUUGCAGCGACUUACAAGCUGGAAGGGGUCCAAGAGCGCCAACUGCUCGUUGAAAGCUGGGCACGAGGAGGGCGAUGGGGAGAGCAGCAGGGCGACAGGAUUGACGAGGACGCGGGUGGGGUUUUCGCCUGCUGAAUUGGGCUCAGUGACUCCGAUCGUGUUGCCGUGGGAGGUGGCCGAUAGUGGUAGUAGAUGUUGAUCAGCAAGAGUACAAACACGACAACGACAAGAGCAAACCAGGGCGGCACUACUAGUUCGGCCGCUGGCAGAGAAGCCACAAGGCCGGUCAAUAAGGUAUAUAUAAAGAGGAGCACACAAUCAAGGUCAUAGCAAGUGAGGAGCUACUGGAACUAGUGCCGCAUAUGACCUUUAGGCGCAAGCCCUUCAGUAAAGAUAUCAGCUGUGUUGGCACCGGAGGCCAAGUCCCAGAGUUUGAGAGAUUGACUAGAAAGAGAGUCAACAGAGGUAUAUGUUAAAAUUAUAUAAGUUAUAAUUUAAUCUAGGCUUGGUAGGUUGUUACU